AUGGCAAUUUACUAUUCGAAUGUCAUUCUCAUAGCAAUAAAUGCUGUCAACGUCAAUGCCACUGGCUCUACUGAUGGGCCUAUUGGCACGCAUAUCGCUGUUAAUCCUCGUCAUACUUCUUCUGGUCUUGGUUCCUCCAUGGCCAUUUCUUCACAAUUCUCUGCUUUGCAGGUACUAUGGUCCAUUGCUCAAACAUGUAUAGGUUCUUAUACACUGUAUCAAUCGAAGGGUUCACAGUUAGAUAUUUACGGAUACGCUGCCUUCGGGUUGACGGUAAUACCUUAUGUGAUUGCUAGUAUCAUCAAUCUGCUAGCAAGCUUAGUCAGUAAGCGAUACGACAAUGUCUUCUUGGUUCAUUCAUCGAUCAUGGAUGAAGCAAUCAAUCGUGGUGCACUUGUGGAUGGAGUAGUUGGAUCUAUCGACCGAGUAGAGGGGGGCAAAGGCGAAAACUUAACUAGCGACGAUGAAUUAGGCAAGCUCGGUAACUCGGCUGUCGUGUUCAGGGGUAACAUGAAUGCAGAAGGACGAUUCACUUGCGAAGUCGAUACGACUGAAGCUCUACCAGAAUACACACUCAUGCCUCCAGAAAGCGCUCUUCGUACACCAUCUACGAAGAUUAAAAGACUGAAACAAUAUCUCCUAUAUAUCUUUGAAGACCCUGCCAAAAUUGACAAGCGUCUGGCCUCGAAAAUCCAAGCUCAAAAAAAAGAGAAAUGUAUGCUCAGCAUACCCUCUCGUGGUCCUUUCACUCGUCUACCCCCCACAAAUCUCGAACCUAUUUUUCUCUUCCUCGUCUCCUUGAUUCUCAUCAUCGCCGUCGCAGCUCCCUACAUCAUAAUUUACAUUCUCACCGGCUGGCAAAAGAGACAAGCAACCUCCACCCAAAUCAGCUUUACUGUUCAUUGGCUAUGUCUGGACAGUCAAGCGAAUUGCCCAUCGCAGAAUUCGAGAGACAUACCAGAAGGAGUUAUUGGGGAUGGAUACUGCUUUUUGUGGUGGGUUUCUAUAGCUGGGCACCGAUUGGGGGCAGACUCCAAUAAAACACCAAAAAUGUGCAACCCGGUCAUCUACCUCUGCCACCACCUUCCCACCGCCCUAAAUCCUACUCCCUGGCUUAGCUGUUCCACCCACCCCACCCAAUACCACCGCAACAGAAUCAUUCCUAUGAGUUUUGCGUGUAAGCCCGCGCCAGGAACCAUCGUUGUGCGACGUCCACCCGUUCAGAUAUUUUGUCAACGAUGUCGUGAUAAGUGGAGAUUAGGAGGAUUGUACGAGAAAGAAGCCACGAAAAGUAUUGCGAGAGUGGAUAGAGCGUUAGCGGGAACAGAAUUUCAGUUGACGAGAGAAGAUAUUCAAGAGGGCUUGAGGAAGGCAGAUGAGUUAUUUAGGAGUGAAGGAUUUUAA